CUGACCAAGGUGUAGACCGUAGAGGUGGAGUCAUGCUUCACACGGCCAUAUCAUGUUGGCAGCCAUUCCUAGGUUUGGCUGUUGUGUUAAUCUUUAUGGGCUCUACCAUAGGCUGCCCAGCCCGCUGUGACUGUUUACCUCACAACAAGUCCGUCUCUUGUCACCGAAAAAGGUUGAUUGCAAUCCCAGAGGGUAUUCCCAUUGAGACCAAAAUCCUAGAUCUCAGCAAAAACCGGUUAAAAAGUAUCAACCCUGAGGAAUUUAUGUCUUAUCCUCUGUUGGAGGAAAUAGACCUGAGUGACAACAUCAUUACCAAUGUAGAACCAGGAGCAUUUAACAAUCUAUUCAAUCUGCGAUCCCUUCGGUUGAAAGGAAAUCGCCUGAAACUAGUCCCUCUUGGGGUGUUUACAGGAUUAUCCAACCUCACCAAACUUGACAUUAGUGAAAACAAAAUUGUUAUUUUGCUGGACUAUAUGUUCCAGGAUUUGCAUAAUCUGAAAUCCCUGGAAGUAGGAGACAAUGAUUUAGUUUAUAUAUCACACAGGGCCUUCAGUGGGCUGCUUAGCCUGGAACAACUCACACUGGAGAAAUGCAACUUAACAGCUAUACCAACAGAAGCCCUCUCUCACCUUCGCAGCCUCAUCAGCCUGCAUCUACGAUAUCUAAACAUCAAUGUUAUGCCCAUUUAUGCCUUUAAAAGACUGUUCCACCUGAAGCACCUAGAGAUUGACUAUUGGCCUUUAUUGGACUUGAUGCCUGCCAAUAGCUUAUAUGGUCUUAACCUCACAUCUCUCUCCAUUACCAACACCAAUCUUUCUACUAUCCCCUACCCUGCCUUUAAACAUUUGGUUUAUUUGACACAUCUCAACCUUUCUUACAAUCCCAUAAGUACCAUUGAAGCCGGAAUGUUUGCUGAUUUAAUCCGGCUUCAGGAGCUGUAUAUAGUAGGGGCUCAGCUCCGCACCAUUGAACUACAUGCUUUCCAAGGGCUCCGAUACCUUCGUGUGCUUAAUGUUUCCCAAAAUCUUUUGGAAACUUUGGAAGAAAAUGUGUUCUACUCACCCAAAGCCCUAGAAGUACUAAGCAUUAGCAACAACCCCCUGGCUUGUGACUGCCGCCUCCUUUGGAUUCUACAAAGGCAGCCCCUCUUGCAGUUUGGAGGCCAGCAGCCUAUGUGUGCUGGUCCAGACAGCAUCCGAGAGAGAUCAUUCAAGGAUUUCCACAGCACAGCCCUUUCCUUUUAUUUUACCUGCAAAAAGCCCAAGAUCCGUGACAAAAAAAUGCAGUACCUACUGGUGGAUGAAGGGCAGACAGUCCAACUGAUCUGUAAUGCUGAUGGUGACCCACAGCCAGUAAUUUCCUGGGCAACCCCUAGAAGGCGUCUGAUUACUACUAAAUCCAAUGGAAGAGUUACAGUUUUAGGGGAUGGCACCCUAGAAAUACGUUUUGCCCAGGACCAAGACACAGGAAUCUAUGUUUGCAUUGCUAGCAAUGCUGCAGGGAAUGAUACUUUCAGCACCUCACUUACAGUGAAAGGAUUUGCUUCAGAUCGUUUCCUUUAUGCUAACAGGACCCCUAUGUAUAUGACAGACUCCAAUGACACAAGUUCUAAUGGCACCAAUGCAAAUACUUUCUCUCUGGAUCUUAAGACCAUACUGGUGUCCACAGCCAUGGGCUGUUUUACAUUUCUUGGAGUGGUUUUAUUUUGCUUUCUCCUCCUUUUUGUAUGGAGUCGAGGAAAAGGCAAGCAUAAAAACAGCAUCGACCUUGAGUAUGUCCCCCGCAAAAACAAUGGUGCUGUUGUGGAAGGGGAAGUGGCUGGACCUAGGAGGUUCAACAUGAAAAUGAUCUGAGGUUCCACCACUAGCAGUUCUUUUUCUUUUCUGUGGUAUUGUUUGUAUCCAAUAAACCAACCUGGCAAAUAAAAUUGCUGGGUAGAGGGGCAGCUUGAUGUCACUGCCCUUUUGUUCAAAUGGGGUAUAUAGGAAACAGAAAGACUUGUUUAUGAUUGUGCAACAGGGCUUUUCUCCACAAGAGAUAGAUGUGUGUCAGGGCCUUUCACAGAGUUGGUUUUAUUAAUUGUUUGCAUCGUAAAUAUUGGCAUUCUGGGGACCUCAGUAAUGAGCCUGUUGGCUCACUUUCAUGGACAAUUGUUCAACAUUUUCUACCACAACAAAAAGAAAAAAAAGAAAGAAAAAACAACCUACAGUGUAGGAUUUACAUAUUAAAGACACAUUUGUCUAAAACAUACUCUACAGUUAAAAAAGAGAGAGAAUUUGUAUCUGUGAUUAUCAUUUGUUAAAGCCUUGCACCAUAACCUAUUAUUGGUUCAGCACCACAAAGAAAUUGAUAUAUUCUUUUCAUGAUUUAAACAACAUAUAUACUGUGUACAUUUUAAAGCAAUAUGAAUGAGAGGAUGUGCUGUUAGUUACUUACUAAUACUGACCCAAGUGUGAUAUCACCAUCUUUUAACUGCAAAUAACAAACAUCGCAAAAAUAGAUCCUUGUAGUUACCUGAGGAAAGAUGUAUGGAGGAAAAUAUGAAUUUGUCUCAUGUAGGAAUCCAAGUUACACUGUCCAAGGCAAAAUUGUUUUAACUCUGUUAUCUUCUAUUAAUAUAAAUAAAGGCACUGCCUACUUUUGAUACAGAAUGGAAUAUUUUUUAUACUUGUGAUAUCACACUGGUCCAAUUUACUGUAACAAGUCCUUGGAUUGAUCCAAAAGAGAGGGCAAACCACAAGUUGUGGUUAAAACUAUGAAAAAAAAAGGCAAGGUAACCAUGAAAAUGAACCAUUUUAUCAUAGCUUGGUUUAAACUUUACAAACAAAUGUUAAUGACAGGUGUUAAAGAAUAGAAAAAAAGAAAAGAAGGUAAUGGUUUUUACGUAUUCAUAAGAAAACUGUAACCUUUGUGGCAAUUACAAUAGAAAAGUCUGAUUAUAAAAGCUCUUUGGAUAGGAAUGAGUUCUCAGAUGCCAAUAAGCCAGGUUUAACCAUUCAUAAGAGGAGGAUUAUGCAAGUAAGAACAUGCUUAAAAUGUGAUGGUGUCCUCAAGAUACAACUGCUGCUAAUUAAAAGGACUUGCUCUCCGCUGUUUUUAUUUAAUAUCACAUUUUCCAAAAGAUACAUAUAGAUCCCAAACCAUUUCCAUGAGUGGACAACUUCAGCUUUUCUCCUUUCUACCUUACACAUUACAUAAUGCUUGCUUUUCCUCCAUAAUAAUCAAUGGUAGACAAGAGAAUUUGUAUUGUAAUUUUUAAAGGGCUGAGCAAGAUUAUAUUGAAUAUAACUCAGUUACAGUCUGAUCAAGAUGGAGAAAGGUUUAAUCCUGGAAAUGGAAAAAGCUGUAUCAAUGCCCUUCUCCUUUUCCCAAUCAUAUCUAAUACAAAAUGUUCCAAGAUGCUGGCAUCAUUAAAUGUUGCCUAAAGAUUUUAAAUUACAAAUAUUUUCCAUUCUUAAAAAAGAAGUAACAUUUGCACAAAUGAUUUGAUCUAGAUGAGGGUUAAAUUUUUCCCUAAAUGUUUAGUUAAUGGCUCUUCAAACAGACUGUUACUAGUAAUCAAUGAAUAGAAAUAAUAUAUGAUGAGUGAUUAUCUACUUAGCUAGAAUGGAAGAAACAUGAAAAUGUAAUGCUAGAAUGAAAAUCUUCUUUUCAAGAGACUUUCCUUUUUUGGUCUUUGAAUUUUGUGAAACAAAUAAAAUGUCCCCUAACAAAAAAUAAAUAAAAAAAGAAUUAAAUGACAAAUGGAGAUUAUUGCUGCCAGUAGAACUGCCCAGCUAAAAAUCCUGCUCUACCUUCAAUUAGGAGAGUAAAAUAAAGAAAUGAAAUGGAACAAUUAUUGAACUGUCAAUUGGAUUCAUUUUCACUUGUUCCUGAUUAUAAUUUCAUAAUCAGUCCAUUUUGUGAGGGGUAAGGGAAUAAGGGAUGGAGGGGUGGGUGAAUAUAUAUUAGUUCUGGUAAAAAUUCAGGGACAUCUCAGUGUAAUCCAAUGGAAUAUGUUCUUUUAAAUUUCCAAAAUGAUCUUUUAAAAAUUAAUACAAAAUGAAGUACAGAGUAAGUUAACUUUUAACAACACUCUAAGUAAGGAAAGAAUAAACUAAUUGCUGAAGAAAAACAUGGGAAACUAUAACCAACUGAGACUGUUGUAAUUACGAUACUUCUGAAUAAUAUAUGAAAAGGCUUAGAUGUCAUCUUGUCUGGAUCAGAUAUUUUGAAGGAUAUUAAAAUCCUAAUGAUAGAGAACAUAUUUACCAUCUGAUCUUAUAGACAACUCAGCUAGCCUCUAGAAAAGGCACCAUAAUACAAACCCAAAUACAGUUAACUGCAAUAUGGUAUAAUUGAAUGUAUACUUAGGAGUGAAAAAGUCUAGAUUCUAAUCCUCAUCCUAGCUCUAUUAUUUACUAUGUAAUCUUAGAUAGGCUAUUUCACCAGACUGAAAAUUCUUUUAGAGUCUCUCUGUAAAGCAUCUGUAUGAAUAUUAGAUACCAAGGCAAUAAUGAUCAACUGUUUUGUAAUUGAAGAGUUCUUUAUCCUGUGGCAUUCCCAUGACUAAAUCAAUCUUCAUUAAACUUCCUGAACCUAAGGCUGAAUUGAACACAGUUCUAGGGGAAGGAAUUUGAGGAAGCAGGAGGGAGACAUAGUUCAUAUUUAUCUCAAGUAUAAAGGACCCUGGGGACACCGAGUUAGUUUUGAAUUUCUUCCGCAGAAUUUCGGAUUGUUAUAAGGAUUGAAGUAUUAGCCUAGAAUAAUUUAGAUAGACAGCAAUUCAACCAAAUAAGUAAUUAUCAUUGAAGUAGAAAUAAGACAUAUGUUCAAAUCCAGGGUCUCUGCUACUUACUACUUAUGUGGCCUUGGACAAUCAGUCUAGCUCUCUAUGACUUGACAGGAUUGAACUGAAUAUUCUCUAAAGGCUUUUCAAUUUUAAAUCCUAUGAAGAACUUCUGAGAACUAAUCUGAUUCCUUAGGAAUUGGGAGGGGAGGGGGAGAGGUAAAUUUGGAUGAUCCAAACUUUCAGAGGAUUUCUUGUUUGCUUAUGAGUUGGUCAGCUUUCUUAAUACUUUUGAAGUAAAGCUAUCUCCUUCAAAUGACAGUACCAGAAUUAUUUGGUGCCCCAAUUUCCUGCCCUAGUAGUGGAAAAAAUAAACAUCCUCAGUGGAUUCAGUGCCUCAUCCAGAGAAUUUGAACCAUUACAUGUCAAGUAAGAGACACUCUGUUUUUCUAAGCUCUUGGUUUACCCAUUUUUUUCAUACUAAGAGGGCUAUAUCAUGUUAUUUAUUUUGGCACUCCCCAUUAUCUGUUUGAAAAUCUUAGUUAAAAUUUACCUAGAGUUGUACUUCCAAUUCACUAACAGAGUUGUUCAAAAUUCUGGUUUUACAGAAAUUUCACCAGCAUGUUCAGGUCCAACAAAGGUUGUGAGUCCAAGGAAAUUUGCUACUUCUGUGUUUUCCUUUCAACUCCACAAUGUGCUUAUUCUAGAGAUUUUUAUGAUAAACAUUCCCUUUUUCUUCAAUUUGCAGCUAAGUCCUGAAGUCCAGUUUCCAUGGGUUUUUAAAAGAAUUACUUAAAUUUCUCCAAAAUGAAGUCCUAAUUUUUUCCACUUAUUAAAUGAGUAGAAAUAAAAGUUUAAAAAUAAAUUUGAAGAGUGAAAAUACCCUUCAAAAACGUGAACAGGAUCCUUGUGACUCAGUAAGAGGAGACUUAACCUCCUAGAAAUUAAUUUACUUCUUCUAGAAUCCUAUCUUCUUUCAAAUUAAGAAGUGAGUAUAUGUAUAUGUGUGUAUCUAUAUGUAUGCAUUUUAAAUAUUAGA